AGCCGGGCGCUGCCUCGUGCUGGGGGAGGGCGCACGUGCUGGGGGCGGGAGCUGCGAUCGCGGCUAUGGCGUCGUUACUUUGGGGAGGCGACGCCGGGGCGGCGGAGAGCGAGCGGCUGAACAGUCAUUUUUCAAACCUCAUCCAUCCCCGGAAGAACCUUCGGGGUAUUAAGAGUACUACAGUCCCAAACAUAGAUGGUUCUAUUAAUAACACAGAAGAAGAUGAUGAAGAAGAUGUAGUGGAUUUGGCAGCUAAUUCACUCUUAAACAAGUUAAUCCGGCAGUCCUUAGUAGAAUCCAGUCACCGAGUUGAAGUCUUACAAAAGGAUCCCAGCUCUCCACUCUACUCAGUGAAAACAUUUGAAGAGCUGCGGCUGAAGGAAGAGUUAUUAAAAGGGAUCUAUGCAAUGGGAUUUAACAGACCAUCCAAAAUCCAAGAGAUGGCUCUCCCUAUGAUGCUGGCCCACCCACCCCAGAACCUCAUAGCCCAGAGCCAGUCUGGAACAGGAAAAACAGCAGCUUUUGUCUUGGCAAUGCUAAGCAGAGUUAAUACCUUGGAAUUGUUCCCACAGUGCCUCUGCCUAGCUCCUACUUAUGAACUGGCUUUGCAAACUGGUCGUGUGGUCGAACAGAUGGGAAAAUUCUGUGUGGAUGUUCAAGUGAUGUACGCCAUUCGAGGGAAUCACAUUCCCAGAGGCACCGACGUCACCAAACAGAUUAUAAUUGGCACUCCUGGGACUGUCCUAGAUUGGUGUUUCAAGCGAAAAUUAAUUGACUUGACUAAGAUUCGUGUGUUUGUCCUGGAUGAAGCAGACGUGAUGAUUGACACACAAGGAUUCUCAGAUCAAAGCAUUCGUAUUCAGAGAGCUUUACCUUCGGAGUGCCAGAUGCUUCUCUUCUCAGCGACCUUCGAGGAGUCUGUGUGGCAGUUUGCAGAGCGAAUCAUUCCAGACCCUAACGUUAUCAAGUUGCGAAAGGAGGAGCUGACCCUGCACAACAUCCGACAGUAUUACGUGCUGUGUGAGAAUCGGAAAGACAAGUACCAAGCCCUGUGCAACAUCUACGGCGGCAUCACCAUUGGGCAGGCCAUCAUCUUCUGCCAGACUCGUCGAAAUGCCAAGUGGUUGACUGUGGAGAUGAUGCAGGAUGGCCACCAAGUGUCUUUGUUAAGCGGAGAGCUGACCGUGGAUCAGCGAGCCUCCAUCAUUCAGAGGUUUCGGGAUGGGAAAGAGAAAGUUCUUAUAACAACCAAUGUCUGUGCUCGAGGGAUCGAUGUGAAGCAGGUCACAAUUGUUGUGAACUUUGAUCUCCCUGUAAACCAAGCUGAGGAGCCAGACUAUGAGACCUACCUUCACCGCAUAGGGCGGACAGGACGCUUUGGGAAAAAGGGCCUCGCCUUCAACAUGAUUGAAGUGGAUAAGCUGCCCCUGCUUAUGAAGAUCCAGGAUCACUUUAGUAAGUAGCACCUGUCACAGUGGGAACCGUGGACCCUGCUGAUGUUGACAGUGAUGACGUGUGUCACAGACCUUAUACCCAGAGGCUUAGGGUAGCUCUGGGACAGGAGCCAAGGAAUGGGGGGCUUUUAAUUCACAGUGCCAGAGUCCCUACAGAGCCCCUGUGGUUGAUUAAAUCAUCCGUAUAUGGUAGCUAAAGAACAAUGGAAAAAUCCAGUGGAAUGAGUAUGAGUUCAGGUUGAUGUUAUUGCCCAUUGUGGGACCUGGGGCAGCUUUUCAUGUCCUAUAAAGCACCAUCCUAAACAAAGUAAUAAAGUCCUUUAAGAUUAUAUUCUGUCCCCAGCUUCCUCUCUUAUUUACAUUUUUCCCUUCCUCUGGCCCCGCCCUAACAACUAGGAUGGUCCUGAAUUCUGAGAUCUGCUGUCCUUCCUCCAGCCCCCCAUCCAACAAGGCAUGCUCCGAUUACCUGCUGGGGCUCUUGGACUGGCAGCUUGCCCUCUGAUGGAAACUGGAAGAGUGACCUAAACUGCGGUGUCCACCUCUCAAAUUACCCCAUACCCCAAAGCCCAUGGAUAUGGCUGGGGAACAGGGGAAGAGGAACACCCAAAUGACCCCAAAUAUAUCUUCACCUUUUGGGAAAUUGGUACUGUACUUUGUGGGAAGCAGUGGACUCUGUCCUGGGGAAAUGCACAGAGACACACGUAUGCAGUCUGGAAUACAAUUUUGAAAAGUCUACAGACUGUAGCACGUCCACGGCCCCUUCGGGAAAGUUGAUUAAGCACCCCUUUGUUAGGAGAAGCAAGGAGGGAUGGGGGAAGAAAGAACGUUACGAUCCACUCUAGCUAUGGUAAA